GGGUUGUUCCUCUGGGUCGGGGAUUGUUUAGAGACGGACGCGAAGAUGGCGCUGGCCACGGUCCCCGUGGGUCGGAGGUUUUUGCUUCUUUUAGCCCAAGAGAACCUGGAGUUCCGGCUCCCGGAAGUCAAAUCCUUGUUCUCCCUUUGUAAAAGCCAGUUAAAAUAUGAAGACAACUUCAACGCGAAGUCUCCAUUCUGGAUUGUACACAUUCCUUCUGAGGAGGUGGCAAAAGCAAUCAUGAGGCGGACAGUAUGUGCAAAAUCAAUAUUUGAAUUAUGGGGUCAGGGAAGAACACAUGAAGAUCUGCAUAACUCACUGAGAGAUUAUCCCACAGACGAAAUGAUCCCAUACCUACAGCAUGGUUCAACAUAUCAGAUAAAAGUGUAUGCUUUCAAUAAAACAUUGUCACACAAUGAGAGGAUUCAAAGGAUAGACGAUUUAGGAUUCUUGCCAUUUCAAGGAACAGUAAAACUAAAGAAUCCAGAACAUGAGUUCUGGUUACUUGAAGACUACGGUACAGAUCCAAAUAACGCUCCAGAGAAACCCUUUUGUAUUUAUUUUGGAAGAUGGAUUGCUGAUGGUCAAAGGGAGCUAAUCAACUUGUAUAGUGUGAAGAAGCGUCACUUCAUUGGUAAUACCAGCAUGGAUGCCGGUCUUUCCUUUCUAAUAGCAAAUCAUGCCAAAGCAGGAGCCAACGACUUGGUAUUUGAUCCAUUUGUGGGAACAGGCAGUCUUCUUGUUGCUUGUGCACAUUUUGGAGCAUUUGUCUGCGGGGCAGAUAUUGACUACAACAUUAUUCAUGGACGUGGCAAGGCCAGUAGGAAGGACCAGAAAUGGAGAGGACCAGAUGAGAACAUUCGGGCUAACCUUAGGCAGUAUGGCUUGGAGCAAUUCUAUGUUGAUGUACUAGUUUCAGACGCGUCAAAAAAUAUAUUGAGGAAGGCCAAUUUUUUUGAUGCAAUCAUUACUGAUCCUCCGUAUGGUGUAAGGGAAUCUACACGGAAAACAGGAUCACAGAAAGGAGUUAUAAAAUCAGCAGAGGAAUAUAUUGAAAGUCAUGUCCAAGUCUCCAUGAAUUAUCACCUGAGUGAUAUUUUUAUUGACCUGCUGAACCUGGCUGCAGAGAACCUGGUCAUGAAUGGACGUCUAGUUUACUGGCUACCUGUAUAUAAACUUGACUACACUGAAGAUGUUAUCCCUCAGCAUCCUUGCCUGAAACUUAUUAGUAACUGUGAACAGACUCUAACAGCUCAUACAUCACGACAGUUAAUAACAAUGGAAAAGGUGAAAGAAUUUGAGGAUAAGGAUCGAUUUGCCCACCUCAAUGAUACAAAGUAUAAUCCAUAUGUCGGCCAUAAUUCAUUCCGUGAGAAAUACUUCAGUGGCGUUAUGAAGAAGGUUGCUAAGGAAACCAAAAAUACCCAGAAAUGACCAGCACAAAUAUAUUUUAACCUUGUUGCGGCCAUCCACACCUUCAAAACCGGAGAACCAGAAAAUCAACAAUGCUUUCAACAAAGUUUUUCUCAGGAUAUGUGUGUGUGUGUGCACUAUUACCUUAGUUUACCUCAAACUGUUAACUUUGUUCGUUAUAUAGAAGAUAGAUAUCAGAUCACUGGUGAUUGAAGUUGUGCUAGUUUUGACUUGAUUUAUCUUAAUGUACAUGAGAUUUGACGGUACCUAUAGCAAACUAGUAUUUCUCAACUGACAUCUUCCCAUGCUGCAUGUAGCUCACAAGUCUGGGGACCUCCUUCCUUUACACUUGGUGCAGCUGCGUCUUCAUUCCCCAAAUGAGGACGAUGACUCGUCUUUUUUUAUAAAAUUAGUUCAUUAAAUUUCCAGAUUUCCACUGCAUGAUCUUCUCUCUGGUUCUUCUGGCAAUUUUGUUCCUCUGAUUACCAAGCCAUCAACUGUGGAAACAAAUGUUUUUUUUAUUUACGCGAUCUAAACUCCUCAUAAUUUUGAAUAACAAUUUACAUUUCUGGUUGACCUACACAGCUCUAAUAAAAAUAUAUAGCAGCAAUAUUGUUUUAUCCCACUCGAAGGAAUUCUCCAGCCAAUGUUUUCUGAAUAGAAAUAGUUUUAUGUGGUUUCUGACCUUCUUGAGGAAUAUAAAUAAAAUUUAAUCUGGCUCGUG